GUAGAUAAAUCCCACGAAAGGGUCAAACAGCCAAAAUGAAAUGAUGCAGUCCAACUGUUAAAGGUCGUGUUCUGUUCCUCUCCCAUACCAUGAAGUCACUUUCCAUCUCUUGUUCCACUUCUUCCACUCAAACACAUGCUAUACUAUAUGCUAUAUUACUCUCUCUCUCUCUCUCUCUCUCUUUUAACACUCUAUCUCUCUUUUGAGUGAUUUAGAUUUUAGAUCAGUAAGUGGAAGAGAAGGAGAGAAGGAGAAAGGACCUCUUUUGCAGGUUUGAGAGAAUACUGCCAGCCAAGUAAUGGCUUCUAAAAAUAAUGCAUCAGGCCACAGAGGUCGAAGGCCGUUGUCAAUAUUUGCUGUGCUUGGUCUAUGCUGUUGCUUUUAUCUUUUGGGAGCAUGGCAAAGAAGUGGGACUGGGAAGGGAGAUAACCUUGCAUUGAAAGUAAAUAAGCUGAUGACAGACUGCAAUAUUUUACCUAAUUUGAGUUUCGAAUCCCAUCAUAAUGAUGUAGAGAUUUUUGAACCUUCUGAACCAAAAGCUAAAGUGUUCAAGCCAUGUGAUGUCAAACAUACUGAUUAUACACCUUGCCAAGAGCAAGACCGAGCCAUGACAUUCCCAAGAGAAAAUAUGAUCUACAGGGAAAGGCAUUGUCCACCUAAAGAGGAAAAAUUACACUGCCUCAUUCCGGCUCCCAAAGGGUACAUGACUCCUUUCCCUUGGCCUAAAAGCCGUGAUUAUGUCUACUAUGCUAAUGUUCCUCACAAGAGCCUGACAGUGGAGAAGGCUAUUCAAAAUUGGGUGCAAUUCCAGGGAAAUGUAUUUAAAUUUCCAGGUGGAGGGACCAUGUUCCCUCAAGGGGCAGAUGCAUAUAUUGAUGAACUUGCAUCAGUUAUCCCAAUUGCAGAUGGUUCUGUCAGAACAGCACUGGACACUGGUUGUGGAGUUGCAAGCUGGGGAGCCUACUUGCUAAAGAGAAAUGUGCUGCCUAUGUCCUUUGCUCCAAAGGACAACCACGAAGCACAAGUUCAGUUUGCACUAGAACGAGGGGUACCUGCUGUUAUUGGUGUUCUUGGCACCAUUCAUCUUCCAUACCCUUCAAGAGCCUUCGAUAUGGCCCAGUGUUCUCGAUGUCUAAUUCCUUGGACUUCAAAUGAGGGCAUGUAUCUAAUGGAAGUUGAUCGAGUCCUGAGGCCUGGUGGAUACUGGAUUUUAUCUGGCCCUCCCAUUAAUUGGAAAACAUACUAUCAAACAUGGCAGCGAUCUAAGGAGGAUCUCAAGGCAGAGCAGAGAAAAAUUGAGGAGUUAGCUGAAAGUCUUUGUUGGGAAAAGAAGUAUGAAAAGGGUGAUAUUGCUAUUUGGAGGAAGAAAAUAAAUGCUAAAUCCUGUCAAAGAAAGUCUCCCAAUUUAUGUGAUUUAGAUGAUGCUGAUGAUGUAUGGUACAAAAAAAUGGAGGUCUGUAAAACCUCCUUGCCUGAGGUAACCAGCAAAAGUGAAGUUGCUGGUGGGGAAUUGAAGAAGUUUCCAGCUAGGCUUUUUGCAGUCCCUCCUCGAAUAGCUAACGGCAUUAUUCCAGGGGUUACAACUGAAUCCUAUCAAGAGGACAAAAAAUUAUGGAAAAAGCAUGUUAGUGCUUACAAAAGAAUAAAUAAAUUAAUUGGCACAACUAGAUAUCGCAAUUUGAUGGACAUGAAUGCAGGCCUGGGAGGAUUUGGAGCUGCACUUGAAUCACAAAAAUCUUGGGUGAUGAAUGUUGUGCCCACGAUUGCUAAGAACACUUUAGGUGUUGUCUAUGAAAGAGGUCUAAUUGGCAUUUAUCAUGACUGGUGUGAAGGCUUUUCUACAUACCCAAGGACAUAUGAUCUCAUUCAUGCUAAUGGUUUAUUUAGCUUGUACCAGGACAAGUGCAACCUGGAAGACAUCCUUCUAGAGAUGGAUCGCAUCCUACGGCCAGAAGGAGCAGUUAUCAUCCGGGAUGAAGUUGAUGUUCUCAACAAGGUUAAGAAAAUUGUUGGUGGAAUGAGAUGGGAUGCCAAAAUGAUGGAUCAUGAGGAUGGUCCACUUGUGCCUGAGAAGAUAUUGGUUGCUGUGAAACAGUAUUGGGUUGGCAGCAGUAGAAACAAUACUUCCAUUGAGGAAUAAAAAGGUAUUGUUUCUUGAGGUGUGAAACUAAUAGCUCAGACUGCAGUCACUAUCAAGAUUUCUAUACCCAAAGCAAAGAAGAAAUGGAAAAAUAUGAUGAAUAAUGAAAAGAGAAAUGAUCAUAGAGCAAGGUAAAAAAGCAAAGAUUGGUUAUGUGAGCUUAUUCUACUUCUGCCUUAUAACAAGUGUAGAACUGUAGAUAAAAUAGGUCCUAACUAGUCUUCUUGAAUUGUUUAUGGAGGAUAUAGAUCAGCAAGUUUAGCUCCCCAAAUAAUUUAAGCGAUAGAUAUUGUGUUAUUGG